AAACCAACAUUGUCUCUUCCUUUGUUCUAUUGGCUUAUUGCUUAUAUCUACUUUUCAUAGCCUCCCCAAACAAGUCCUAACUACUAACUAGGUCACUUCUCCUUUUCUCUAGUACUUUACUAAAAUAAAAACACAUUCAUUCUCUCAACAACUUUAGGGUUUUGCACUCUACUUUACUAAAUCACUUUUUUGUUCUUAGUUAAGUGAUUAUUUUACUCCAUCAACAAUCUUUUUCAAAUGAGUUCAAGUUUAAGCGGAGGAACCAAUACAUUGAAUUUCAAUGUAAUAAAAAAACCAUCAACAUUAACAUCACUAAACUCUUCUUCUAAUUCACCUUCAUCAACAUUAACAAUCUCCGAACCUAACAAUAACAUAUCACAAUCCCAAAGCGCAAUCCGAACCAAAAGACCUCGAACCACACGAAAAAGACCGAACCAAAAUUACAACGAAGCUGCUACUUUACUUUCCGAAGCGUAUCCGAACCUAUUUCGUAACCUAAAAAAAUUACCACCACCGUGUAAAUUCACCAAACCGUUAAUAACGGAAAGUUAUAACAACGAUUUUCUUGAACCGUUGUUAUUGCCGUUUAAUGGAAACUCUUUUCAGCUUAAAAAUAUAAGCGCUUCUCAAACGGAGUUUUUCAGCGUUCGAGAGAACGAGAUUUCGGAAGAGAGAGUAGUGAAUUCUGAUGAAGUGCUGGAACGUGAUUCUGGAGAGGAAUUUGAUUGUAAAUCGAUAUUGGAAGAUGAAAUUGAAGAAGGAAUUGAUAGUAUCAUCGGAAAUAGGGUUGAUGACGGUGGAAGCAGUAGCGGCGGCGGAGGUUUGUGUUAUGACUGCAGCGGCGGAAGAGUGAGUCCGUGGUUUGAACGUUUUGGUGGGAAAUUGAAAGCUCUUCGUCACGUCGGUGAUGAUGUUAACUUGUUGAAUUUUGCUAUGGUUGAUAUUCUUGAAAUCUCGCCGGGGAUGAAGAAGAAGCCGCCGCCGCUGCCGGUGGCGACUGAGAAAAAGAAGCAGAGGAAGAAAGUGAAUGUGGAAGAGAGGAAUUUGAAUUUGGCUCUGCCUUUGCGGUUGAAACUGAAUUACGCGGAUGUUCGGAAUUUGUGGUCGGAACGGGGCUUGCCGUUUCGCCGGUGAUUUCUCCGGUGCUAACUUUGCCGGUAUAUGACGUCAUUGUUCAUGGAAUUAUUUACCGGCAUGGAUGAUGGAUGAAUUCAAGCUAUUUGGAGAAGUAAAUGUACCAUCAAAUUAGGUGUGCCAUGUAUAAUAUCCUUUCUCAUGAAUAGAUUUGCAGUCUUAUUUUCUCU